GUGAAUGGAAGGUUUGUGUGUAGAGCGGGUGAGUUCGUUCCCUUGAAGUGGAUGGGAGUGGCAGGGUGCAGAGGUAAAGAAGAAACUUUUCAACACGAUGGAUUUCACAUGCACUGCCAUGCCACAUCUGGCCGUGUGCCGGUUUGUCUUUUAAACCAGGGCUGUGUUUCCGUUUAUCUAGUAUGGACAGCCAUGAUACAUUGUCCGCACCGUCAACUGGCCCAAUGUGGCGCUACUGGUGGCUUACUAAUCCAGCUUGGCUCAGACACUCGCGACCACCUGUGCUACAGCCCAAUUCGCUCGACGUCCAUGGUCUAUCCACCAAGGACACCCGUCGCUUUCUAAAUCGAGGUUUCUUUUCUCCAUGCCCUAGAGAUUUCUCUUGCACCUGGACAACCGCCCUCGUGAUUUGCUUUUGCCAUGGGCACCAACCCACUACCACUGACUGCCAACCCCUGACAUUAACAUUAGUUUGUGAAAAACUCACAUUGAUCAUGUCCUGG